AUGAGCGAUCCAUACGAUUGGCCAUUCCCAAGUAGGAAAGAUUUGAUGUACUUGUCAUCAAUAAAUAAACGAGAUGUAGGCACUGUAAGACCUGAUAAGUUAACAGGAUAAGAUUUUAAUCUAUAAACAAAGGACAUUGAUGUAGGUGCUUAACCAUGUAUGAAGCCAUAUAAAUUUACUAAUAAACAAGACUUUACAAAUACAACAGAUGAUAUUGCAGGCACUCGUUCAAAAGUAUUGAUUCCCUCAGUUGGAAGAGAUGGAUUCUCUCUAAAUAAUCGAGAUAUCAAAGGCGCUUAUCCAUAAUUGAAUAAAUUUCAGACUACAAGACCUCCAACAAAUCCAGUAGAUCCUGUUUAUGUUCUCCCAAAAGCUGUACCUGUCGAACCUUUGCAACCGAAAUUCAUUAGAGAUUAAAUAAAUAUUGAUGACAUACCAGGAACCAAACCCAAUCCUCCUGCUGCGAAAUUGAGAAAAACUGUUCACAUAUUUGAUGAAGUGGAUGGAGCAAAAUCAAAACCUGCAUUCAUGCCAAGAGAUCAUAUGGAAAUUAUGGAUGUUAAAGACAUCAAUGAAUAUAGAGUAUUUAAAUCAUCUCGUGUCACCAAUCCACUUGAACCUGAAUAUUAAUUAAAAGAUGUUGAAGGUUAACCAGCUAAUUCAAAAUACGGUUUUGUGGGUGGAAGUAAGAGUAGAGUAUUGCAUCCGCAAAUAAAUUAUAACACUAAGAAUUUAGAUACAAAAGAUAUAGAAGGGUGUCAUGUAGGCGCUAUUAGUGAUCAUUUUUUGAUGAGAUAAAAAAGAUCUCAAUAUAGAGCUAUUAAUGACACUAAAGAUGUACCUGGAGCUUAAGUUGGCACUUUGAGAAAAGGGCUACUCAAUCAUAGAGGCACUAAUCCAUUGACUCCUGAAUAUCAACUUUUAGGCAGAAAUGAGAUUUAUAGUCAAAAUGUUCCACGCACUGCUUUUGAAGGCAAUCGACAGAAUCAAGGAGGUGAGAAACCAAAAACUUAAUAAUCAUUGAGAUCAAAUUCAUUAAAUAAAAUAGAAUAACCAUUAUCGACAGCCUAAAAAUUUGAUUAGUUUAUAAAGAAAUGA